AUGCAAGCUUCCCCCCAGACCAGCAGAAAUGCAAGGAAGAGGGAGAGAUGCCUAGAGGAGGUAAUGCAGGAAAGAGACGAUGGGUAUCGGUUACUGCCGUGGGACCUGCGGCAGCAGCAGGGACUAGUUAAUCUCACUAACACUCCUCUUUCCAGGGUUGCUAAAGCUGUAAUGGGGCAUGGGGAUCUGGGAGAUGAGAUGAGUUUAAGCCUGAUUCAUUCCGUUGCAUGUGCCAAGUACUCCACAAUCAAGAUUUCCCUCGUGUUGAAAGGGAACCGCUGGUCAAAAGUCAGCAGCCGCGCUGCGGAAAGCUUUGAUAGUCAGCGAAGUGAAUCGCGGCUGCACAUGGCCGCGGCCUGCGCGGACGGAGCCUCUCGCUGCGCGGGCGGAACUCCCUCCAAGGCCGGCCCCUGGUCAUCAGUCACGGGCGGACCUCCCUCCAAGGCCGGCCCCUGGUCAUCAGUCAUCCGGGCCCCAACGCCUUCGGCGCAGCCGACGGUUUCACCAGCUCCACGGGGCCUGGGUCCCAAGCUGCCCUUUUCCACAGAAGACAAUGGCUAUCCAGUUGUUGAAGUUCGUUAUAAGGGCUGCCUUUGGAGGCAUUACAGUAGGGAGGAGCAGGAUACCAAGCUAAUGGUAGCAGAAAAUAUCCACCAUGCAGCGUUCACUAUCUCACCAUCUCGUUCCUACCAGGCAUGUGCUGCAGUGCCCGACGGGGAGUUCAGACUUUCCUGA